AUGCUGCUGUCCCUGAUCCUGCUGGCCUUGCCUCUGCCCUCCAUAGCCUUCAUAGAGAUCCAGGGAAGAUUGUAUCUUUCUGCAGUGAUCAAAGGGGGCACAGAAGCCAGGCAACACUCUCGGCCCUACAUGGCAGCAAUAAGGAGUUCGGAUAACCAGAUUAUUUGGAAACACUGUGGAGGUUUUCUGGUGCGAGAAGACUUUGUGCUAACAGCUGCUCACUGUUACGGAAGAAAUAUGAUUGUCACCCUUGGAGCUCACAACAUAAAGACAAAUGAGCCUACUCAGCAGGUCAUCCCUGUGCUUCAAGCCAUCCCUCAUCCAGAAUAUAAUGAUGAUACAUAUGUCAACGACAUCAUGCUACUGAAGCUGAAUCACACGGCACAACUGAACACAGCUGUGCAGAUCAUUGCCCUACCGCAGAGCCAGGAUUUUAUAAGGCCGGACAAGGUGUGCAGUGUGGCAGGCUGGGGAGUAACUGAUAAUGGCUGGGUCUCAGCGACACUCCGGGAAGUCGACUUGGAAGUGCAGAACAAGGAGCAAUGCGAGCAAACCUUCUAUUAUUUCCAUGACUCCAUCCAACUCUGUGUGGGGAACCCUCUGUACCCUAAGGAAGCAGGAAAGGGUGACUCCGGCGGACCAUUGGUGUGUGACAAUGUGGCCCAGGGAAUUGUCAGCCUUGGAGUCUACACUAGCUCUAUUGGAGUCUACACUAGAAUCUCUAGCUUUGUGCCCUGGAUCCACAGAAUAAUGAAUGCAUUGUGA